AACACAUGUUCGAUUGAAAACCGAUAAUCUUUGUUCACAUCUUUACUUCUUACUGCAUUGUGGUCUUCUCAGAUUUGACCAGCCGGGUCUUUGCCCAUGGGCCUUGGAGCUUGGUUGCAGAAUCAAACUGCUAUGGUAUUUCUGGAAGCCUCAAAUCCGAUGAAAAUACCCAAAGGCGACGAAGGGAGCGCGGGUCAAUGGGCCCUUUCAUGGGAGACGCAUUAUCAGGAUGUUAACUGGUCAUAUUCAAGCGUCAAGAAAAAAUCGAUCGCACCUAUUAUCUGCAGUAGACUUCCGUAUCAUUGCAACUUUCACACGUAUGGCAUGCGUCCCAUGCUCAGACUACCAUCCACCAGGCAGGAAUAUGUGGGUGAGUCGAGCAAACAUCCGAGUCAACCAACAAGUACUCGGUCAGAGACCACCAAGAAGGAAGACAGGUUAUUGAAUUCUAGCCUAGCUGGGGUCAAGAUUGCUGAAGCUGCGUUGGAGAAAUAUGAACAAGACGCUGGGUUCCACCAUAACGUCAUGCCGGAUCUGAAACUGGGGCAUAUGUAUAAGGCACAAUCCCAGGAUUUGUCUUCUCCGAUAAGUAAAGAAGACGUUGACUCUGGGAAGUUGCAGUGGGCAGAACUCGUUAAGGAAUUUGUUGGGGUAGAAUGGCGCGAAGCCCUAGCCAGGAAUGUAGAAGGGUACCGACCGCAGUCAUCGACACCAUCUGAGUAUGAUUCAGAGCGCUCAGCAGAUUCGGAUCCGCUUCCUCUAACGCCAACGCAGAAGAAGUCACUCAUAGAUAUUGCUGUUCGCCCAACCUCCCCCAUCUCAGGGUCCCGCGGAGUUACACCGUCAAAGACAAUGCACGGGCCCUUGUCAUCGUUUGCUCCAAUCUCCGCAAGCCCCACGAUGUCCAUGUCGUGGGUCAACCCAACUGAUCCUGUACGUUCCACUGCGCCGUCUCCUACAUUUUCCAAUUUCACAUUUCCCUCGAUAAAUGCCAAUUACCAGUACUUUCCACCCAGUUUGAAGAAAGAUGAGCAGGGUUUCUACACCACAGUUACGCCCCCCGGGUCACCGUCAAAGCUGCCAGUUCGCCUAGCACCGGCCCCAUUUUCUGUCCUCUUACCGCCGUUUUUGUCCGACCUACAUCCGCGUAACCGUAAAGUAUCGAAGACUCGCGAAAUUAUUGACCAGCUUAGGUCCGCAAGUGCAGCUGAGCGGGAGAAGACCAAAAGUCGAGUUCGUCCCAGACCAAGGUCUGCUGCGUCAGAGCGCGAUCGGACGUUUCAUUCGUCCUCGCCUUCUCUCGUGGGUGAGACAGACAGUCGUGAUAGUGGAUUGGCUGAGACUAUCAAAGAAGACGAUGCCGAUGCAAAAGCUCGCCGUACUCACGAGCUUGUCCAAGCAUUGAAUCGCCCUCGUCCAUCAUCAUUUGAUGUCAUGACCUCCCAAUCAGCGAAUACCGAAAAACCCGCUAAUGCAACCAUUCUUCCUGUAGAUGGCAGCAAGUCAGCGUUGGAUUCGCCUACGCAGCCUCAGCCCCAGCGGCAUCCUAGAAAAGCUGCAGCACGUCACACGCGUAAACCGUCUUCAAUCUCCUCAACGUCGUCUUCUUCGAUUCACUCACAUAUGCCGUAUCCGUUGCUUGCAUCUUCACCUACGGCUCCAAAGCCAUUCCCGCAUUCGUCAUUCCAUGCAUCUUCUUCUGUACCUUAUCCUAUGCAAUUCCAGCCGCACCCUACAGCCAGGCCUGGCCCGUUUCACCCUAUGUAUUCUUCUAUGUAUCCACUCUCGUAUGGUGCUCCUCCCCCUGCCUUUCAGCAGCCAACCGGACAAAUAGGUCCGUCGUCGGGAGGGUGGGUUCCUGGGUAUCCAGGGUAUCCUCCCCCACCAGCGGCUACUGUAUCAUUUUAAAAAGCGACUAUCGCAGGAGCCUCGAGCACGGCUCAUACGCAGUGGUGAGCGUCUACUGUUUUUCUUCCUUGUACGAAUGGCGAGGUAUCAUUGUUGUUGUAAAGUGUUAGUGUGUAGCUGUAUUUUUUACUUGACAAAUUCAUCGGACACUUAGUUUUCUUUGCUCUAUGUAACUUCUGCUAUGAUUAUCUUGUGUUCUUGGAUUUUUUGUAGUGCCUCUGGCAACAAAUAGAAUAAACUGUGG